GACUCCGCGCGUCAGCUCAGGAAAUCUCAACCGGUUCGUUGAAUAAUCCAGGAAAUAUAGUUUAAUAAUUUAAUUCAAUUUCUCAUUUAAUUUUAAUUCCGGACAAUUUGCGCCACGUUUCUCUGAUUAUUACACUUCCCAUGACUUUAAAUUCCGGAUAAAGAGGACAAAAACAAAAACAAAAAAACUGGGAGAUAAAGGAAGGGAGAAAUCGACGGCAAAAACUAGGUUCCUUUAUACCUGGGCGACUGUUCGCUUUUGCUUCAAGCAGCGCCAAGUGUCUCUCUCCCGGCGGCCGGCGGCAGUUCUACCGUGAUUCCUGCCCGGCAAAAUGGGUAUCAUCAGCACAAUAAUGGGUUUCUUCGGAUUCGGAGUUGGGACGUCGAUCGGUUGCGUAAUUGGCUACUACAUGUUCAUCUACUUCCAGCCCUCCGAUGUCAAGCAAGUUGGGAAGUCCCGAGAUCUUGAUCUUUCUGUGUGGCAUUUUUUUCAAUUUCUGCAGGAUCCAGUAGUUCGUCCUCUGGUUGAGCAAGACUCGGAGACUUUGCAGCGGAUGUUUCCAGAAAUACCCUUGUGGGUGAAGAAUCCGGACUACGACAGAGUUGACUGGCUGAACAAGUUCAUUGCACACAUGUGGCCUUACUUGGAUAAGGCAAUUUGUAAGACUGCUAAGACUAUAGCAAAGCCGAUUAUUGCUGAGCAAAUCCCCAAGUAUAAAAUAGAUUCGGUUGAAUUCGAAGCGCUUACGUUGGGCACAUUACCUCCAACCAUUCAAGGAAUGAAAGUUUAUGUAACGGAUGAGAAGGAGUUGAUUAUGGAGCCUGUUUUGAAGUGGGCUGGGAAUCCUAACAUCACAGUUGGGGUCAAAGCAUUUGGCUUGAAAGCAACAGUCCAGGUUAUUGAUUUGCAAUUUUUCGCUUCUCCAAGAGUCACACUUAAGCCCUUGGUCCCUACUUUCCCCUGCUUCGCCAAUAUUUUUGUGUCUCUCAUGGAAAAGCCACAUGUCGACUUCGGACUGAAAUUGCUUGGAGCAGACGUCAUGUCCAUUCCUGGACUUUACAGAUUUGUUCAGGAUCUUAUCAAAGAGCAAGUUGCAAUUAUGUACUUAUGGCCAAAAACCCUGGUUGUACCAAUUUUGGAUCCUUCAAAGGCCAUGAGGAAACCUGUUGGGAUUCUUACCGUGAAGGUUGUACGUGCAAUUAAACUUAAAAAGAAAGAUUUGUUGGGAGCAUCAGACCCUUAUGUAAAGCUGAAGCUCACUGAAGAUAAGCUGCCUUCAAAGAAAACUACAGUCAGACACAAGAACUUGAACCCCGAGUGGAAUGAGGAAUUUCAUCUGGUUGUGAAAGACCCCGAAUCACAAGCUUUGGAGCUUCUCGUGUAUGACUGGGAACAGGUGGGUAAGCAUGACAAAAUGGGAAUGAAUGUUGUGCCAUUGAAAGACCUUACACCCGAAGAAUCAAAAGUCAUGACACUCGAACUGCUGAAAAAUAUGGACCUAAACGAUGUUCAGAACGAGAAAUCGCGUGGUCAACUUGUCGUUGAACUGCUGUACAAACCGUUCAAGGAAGAUGAGAUGCCAAACGCUGUUGAAGAGUCGGAUGGUGUAGAGAAAGCUCCCGAGGGAACGCCCACUGGUGGAGGCUUGCUCGUGGUCAUUAUACAUGAAGCACAAGACGUCGAAGGGAAGAACCACACAAAUCCUUAUGCUAAGAUUACUUUCAGGGGAGAGGAGAGAAAAACUAAGUAUGUGAAGAAAAACCGAGAUCCGAGAUGGGAAGAGGAGUUUCAGUUUACGCUGGAAGAACCGCCGACAAAUGAGAAGCUUCAUGUGGAAGUUGCUAGCGUCUCGUCCAGAAUUGGUCUAUUACACCCUAAGGAAGUUCUGGGUUACGUGACCAUAAAUCUGGCGGAUGUGGUAUCGAACAAGAGAAUCAACCAGAAGUACAAUCUCAUCGACUCGAGGCAUGGCAAGAUCCAAAUCGAGCUGCAAUGGCGAACAUCUUCGUGAUUUGGUGUGGGUUUUUCGAGAACUUUCUCAUGCUGGAAUUUGUUGGGUGGUGGUAUGGACUAUGGAGGGAUUGUUAGUGAAGUUUUUGCUAAUAAUCGAGACCCUGUAACUUAGCUGGAACACAGGAACCUUUGUACAUCUUUUGACUCACCAUUUUGGAAGUCCUUGAAUAGAACGUCCAGCAGUUUCCCUCUCAGUAGUCCAAAUACACUUUCCAUUCGGUUCUGGACCGGAUCCUGGGCAGCACACUCCUGGAUCCACCCAUGUGGCCCAAUGCAAACAGCCUACUAGCCUAGCAAGCAACCCAUAUCCUACACCCUAGUCUACCUAGCUUCCUAGCCAGUAGCCAGCCAUCUUUUCUGCUGAUAUAGAACUCAAAAGUUUUGACAU